AAGACUAUGGGAGGAUGUACCUCCAAACCCUCCGACUCCGUCAAACCUAAUCCCUACGCGCCCAGAGACGCGGUUCCCCAGAAUGACGAUUCUACCCCUGCCCAUCCCAGGAAAUCACCUGUUCGUACCUCAACCGCCAUAAAAGCGUCUCCUUUCUUCCCCUUCUACACUCCGAGCCCCGCCCGGCACCGCCGUAACAAGAGCCGCGACGGCGGAGGCAGUGGAAGAGGAGAAGAGAGCAAGAGCGUUACCAGCACUCCGCUCCGUCAGCUCGCGCGUGCUUUCCACCCUCCUUCGCCGGCGAAACACAUACGGGAUGUUCUGCGGCGGAGGAAGCUGAAGAAAGAGGCUGCUCUGCCCGCUGCGAGUCAGCAGCAGACGGAGGAGGAGAGAGAGGAAGUAGGGCUGGACAAGAGAUUUGGCUUCUCCAAGGAGUUUCAGAGCAGGAUGGAAUUAGGGGAAGAGAUUGGGCGAGGGCAUUUUGGGUACACUUGCUCUGCUAAGUUCAAGAAAGGAGAGCUCAAGGAUCACGAGGUUGCUGUUAAAGUCAUCCCUAAAUCUAAGAUGACAACUGCAAUAUCUAUAGAGGAUGUGAGAAGAGAAGUAAAAAUCCUGCGGGCGUUAUCCGGACAUAGCAAUCUGGUACAGUUCUAUGAUGCUUUCGAGGACAAUGCCAACGUCUACAUCGUUAUGGAGUUAUGUGGAGGUGGUGAACUCCUUGACAGAAUACUAGCAAGGGGAGGGAAAUACUCUGAAGAUGAUGCAAAAGCAGUGCUUACACAGAUCCUUAACGUUGUAGCUUUCUGUCAUCUCCAAGGAGUUGUUCAUCGAGAUCUUAAACCAGAGAACUUCUUGUACACUUCCAAGGAGGAGAAUUCUCAGUUGAAAGUCAUAGAUUUUGGUCUAUCAGACUUUGUCAGACCAGACGAAAGACUAAAUGAUAUAGUGGGAAGUGCAUAUUACGUAGCCCCUGAAGUUCUACACAGAUCUUAUACCACGGAAGCAGACGUAUGGAGCAUAGGAGUAAUCGCAUACAUCCUCUUAUGUGGAAGCCGUCCUUUUUGGGCAAGAACUGAAUCAGGGAUUUUCAGGGCAGUUCUUAAAGCUGAUCCGAGUUUUGAUGAACCUCCUUGGCCUUCAUUAUCCUUGGAGGCCAAAGAUUUUGUUAAGCGGCUAUUGUACAAAGACCCUCGAAAAAGAAUGACAGCCUCUCAAGCUUUAAUGCAUCCUUGGAUCGCGGGUAAUAAGAACAUGAAUAUCCCAUUUGAUAUUCUAAUCUUCAGGCAGAUGAAAGCAUACUUGAAAUCUUCGUCUUUGCGCAAAGCUGCUUUGAUGACCACUAAAGGAUUCAAUACAAGGUUGGUUUUACAAAAGUUUGGGUGUUGGGGUAAUGACCAGUUAAAUGGACUUCAAUACAAAGGGAUGGAUUUUGAAGAGUUUUGUGCAGCUUCCAUUAGCGUUCAUCAGCAUGAGUCACUGGACUGUUGGGAGCAGAGCGUUCGCCAUGCUUAUGAGCUCUUUGAGAUGAACGGAAACCGAGUCAUCGUCAUCGAAGAACUCGCUUCCGAACUCGGUGUUGGAUCAUCGAUCCCGGUCCAUACCAUUCUACAUGACUGGAUAAGGCACACUGAUGGGAAACUGAGCUUCUUAGGUUUUGUCAAACUCUUGCACGGUGUCUCUACUCGACAACCUUUAGCCAAAACACGGUGA